CUAGUUACGAAACCGGAUCUGAAGUAUAUUACCCUCUUCUUCUGCUCUCUGCUUCUCCCACCAAAUUUACUCCUGAGCCAUGAAAACAAAAUCACAAGAAAAUUAGGGUCUAGAAUUGUGCAUUUGUUCAUAACCAGUUCUUUUCUCUGAACCCUGUAAGCAAAUCCUCCUCAUCAUCUGUAGAGGGUGAUAAUGUAUAGUGGUUCAAGCGACGGAGAGGGUCAUGAAGUAACUCAUAGAAGGAUACCACCUGCAUCUUCUAUGCCAUGGGUACGAAACCUACGUAGAUUCAUUGGAUCUGGUGCUGGACUUGGUUCUGAAGCUUUAAUGGAGCUUGAAACUAAGAGAAUUUUGCUCGAGAUAUUUAAAGAUAAGCAACAGAAGAAUGCUGAAGCUGGCACAAUUCCGAGUUUUUACAGAAAGGCAUGGGCUCAAAGUUGUGUUUGUUUUGGUGAAACCUGAAGAAGGGUCUAUCAGUAGUAGGGUUCAAAGGUUGGCAAAGUACCGUUUCUUAAAGAAGCAAUCAGAUCUCCUACUAAAUGCUGAUGAUCUAGAUGCUAUGUGGGUAUGCUUGAGAGAAAAUUGUGUGAUAGAUGAUGCUACUGGUGCUGAAAAGAUGAAUUAUGAAGAUUUCUGCCACAUUGCAUCAGUCUGUUCUGAGCAAAUAGGACCGAAAUGUCGACGUUUUUUCAGCCCAUCAAAUUUUAUGAAAUUCGAGAAAGAUGAGUCUGGAAGAAUUGCCAUCUUACCCUUUUACCUAUAUGUCAUGCGCACGGUUUCACUUACUCAAGCUAGAAUCGACAUGAGUGAGUUGGACGAGGAUUCUGAUGGUUUUCUACAAUCUACGGAAAUGGAGUCAUACAUUAGAGGCCUUAUUCCUAAUCUUGCACAACUAUGUGAGAUGCCAGAUUCUUUUGUUAAUAUGUAUUGCCGUAUAGCUGCACAGAAAUUCUUUUUCUUCUGUGAUCCACAUAGAAGAGGUAAAGCUUGCAUAAAGAAGGUGCUGCUUAGUAACUGCCUCCAGGAACUCAUGGAACUGCACCAGGAUCCUGAGGAAGAAGUAACUGAUACCGAACAAGCUGAGAAUUGGUUCUCUUUGACAUCCGCUCAGCGGAUAUGUGAUAUGUUCCUUGCCUUAGAUAAAGAUUCAAAUGGAAACUUAAGCAAGUAUGAGCUCCGGGAAUAUGCAGAUGGGACGCUGACAGAAAUUUUCAUCGAGCGGGCAUUUGAUGAGCACGUGAGACGUGGAAAAGGUGGAGGUAAAAAUUUGCGAGAGAUGGAUUUUGACAGCUUUCUUGACUUUGUUUUGGCCCUGGAAAACAAAGAUUCUCCUGAAGGAUUAACAUACUUGUUUAAGUGUCUUGAUCUUCACGGAAGAGGAUUUCUCACCACAGCUGAUAUUCACACACUUUUCAGAGACGUACAUCAGAAAUGGAUAGAGGGAGGUAAUUAUGAAUUAUGCAUUGAGGACGUAAGGGAUGAAAUUUGGGACAUGGUAAAACCAGCUGAUCCGUUGAGGAUAACAUUAGCUGAUCUCCUUAAUUGUAAGCAAGGUGGAACUGUUGCCAGUAUGCUUAUAGAUGUGCGCGGCUUUUGGGCCCAUGACAACAGAGAAAAUCUACUCCAAGAAGAGGAGGAACCUGAAGAAGAAUGAUCGCAACAAAAGAAAGAAAUGAUGUAUUUAAGCAUUUGUAUUUCUAUGAAUGUUUAAACUUAAUAGGAAACUUGCAUCCUAAUUCUAGUAUUUUUAGCCUAACUGUAAGUUUGUACGGAUGAACUAAUAUGUAACCGGUAAUUAUACGAUCAAUAUGUGAUGUGAUCACAACUCCUUGUGAUGUUCGUGUCUCGGGUAAAUGCAUUGGUUUCAAUUAUGUAUGCCAGAUAAUGUUUUUUUGAAGAAUAAUAGACAUUAUCUUUUAGUAUA